AUGUUAAUUCCUAAGUACUCGGGGACACUCGACCUGCUAGGAUCUGCUUCCAAUGGCAACGGCCAAGAUGCCAGCAAACUCAGCGCCAUUAUUGAACAAGCUAGACAAGCGAAGGUAGAACUGGUGGCUCAACAAAAACGACUCAGGGAGGAGAAGGCACCGAAACCCCUGUCUGCCAAAGAUUUACGGAAAAUGGAAACGAAGCGUUUCGAGGAAAAGACCCGAGUGCGUCAUCCAAAUACAUCCUCGAUCUUAUCCCGUCCACACCCGAUCAAAGGAGUGCGCAAAAUACCAGUCCUGGUUAACGCACGGGGACUGCCUUUCUUGCGCAUCAAAAAGCCGCAACCGACAAAUCUUAGCGGUGUCAUACGGCAUAAAUUGGAAAGACGGUGGAAGCGCAUCCUGCGCCGAGACAGAUUGACGAUUGAUCUUCUUUUCGCUAAGGACGAGGAUAGUUGGGACCGGAUGACGGGUGCUCAGGAGCCGACUACUUGGGCACGGCAUUACCAACUAGGUCUCACUGAAGUAUUUGACCAGAUUCGUGAAUCGGAUGAAGCCGCUGCAGAACUGGCCCAAAAAAUGUGGAAUGUCGUGCUCAAGGAGCGCGCUAUGGCAGAGGAAGAAGAAAAAGAGAGGCGUGCAAAGGGAGAUUCUCUUGCAGGUCGGGAUUGA